UUUUAGCAGUUAAUGGUAGCUUUCGGUUAAGUACUGCUAGUGACCAAUGGAUCUACCUAUGCAUCGAUUAAAUAUUGCUUCUGGAGUCCCCACCUUUUUACCAACUAUGCUACAUAACUGGCAAUGAUAAAAAGAGGAUGGUUGCUCGCUGAUCUACUUUUGAGAAGCAAUGUCAUGAUAUGCAUGAUUUGGUCCGGUCCAGCGAUGGGAGACCAAGUCAACGAAAACCGCCUGGAAAGAAUGGGGCCAACCUGCCACAUCAUCACCCAAUACUCAGCUACGCAAGAAUGUAGAAAUUCUUGACUACCUGAUACAUCGUUUUACCUUUCCCUAACUUUGCUGUGCACGAGAAUCUCUGCUCCUCAGGGCCGUGUUCGAAGACAAUGUGUACAUCGAAGCUCAGACUGAAUUUCAGAAUUUCGAAACUGAACGAAAUGAGUUUCAAUCUCUCGAACAUAUCGUACAGAUUACACGGAGAAUUCUAUUUCUCAGCACGUAUGUUGUACGAUGAUGAAACUAUACAUGACAAUAUGGAAUUAGAUGUUUUAUAGAUGCGCAUCGGAUAGAAGCAAUUUGAUUGUGUGAAUAUCGAAAAGAGAUUAGAUGAUAAACGUAAUAAAGGAAGGAAGACAAGGAGGAUAAUUUCGUUGGUAUUUAAAACCGAAGAAUAAAAUUUGCGACACGCCAUGGGACGAAAGUACAGAAAUAGCACUCAUGAAGCUACGAGAACAGGGAGGGUGAAUCAUUUGAAGAAUACGGGAAUGGUUGACGAGUAGCAACGAAAACCGACGGAGACGACCGAUUUCGUGUACGCGGGAUCGCGGCCGCGCGUAGUCAGAGCAAAGUGGUUUCAAAAUUCACCGAGUAUGCGUGAUUUGUCACUCGAUCGCCGAUCAGUUCGAUCGGGACAGUGUUACUCUCUCUCGGAAGAGUACGCGGCCAGCUAACACUAGUGCUCGACAGACACGUCUGUCAUCGUGUUUGCGAUUUAUCCGAUGAACGGUAUCGUCGGUAUAAAUAUACUUGUAAGCGGCAAAUGUAUCCGUGGCCUUGUUAACGAUACAAGUUCUUUACAUCGAGUGUCGUACAGAUUUUGUGAUUGUUUACUGUUUAUUAAACAAUACGGGAAGAGAAUCAAAGAGUAACAGUAGCAUGGGAAGUCAGAAAGUUUGGUGUGAAAUAUCUCAAGUGUCUCGGCAAGCGGACAAAAUACACACCGUGAACAAGGAAAUUCAACGAGAAUAAAAAUAUUUUGAUUAUUGCGAUUGCGUUUAUCGUUUAUUUAAUAAACGGUGAUAUGUAUUUCGUAUUGCUCGAGAAAACGGGCAUCGAAUAACGAACGAUCGACAAAACGUGCAAUGUGUCUUUUUGAAUGUUACACGUUACGAAGGAACAGCAGACAGGCUUAGUUGUUCAUUCCGAGAAUCGUGAUCUCUACGGCAUUCGAUGCGACAUAGUCGACAAAGAUAUGGUCAGACCGCGUUCUCGUUUAAUCGCGAUUGCUCUCUAACAAGCAUUACGUAUCAAGGAUAUCAACGUUGUUUAACCAGCCAUCGUAUGAUAUCGAUCGUAUUAUGUUAAAAAUUUGUGCUGACAGUGGAGAAAAAGUUGUUGCUGUCACGUAUGCAGCGACUACUGUGUCACGUUGCAUAGCAUCAAAAAACUCGUUAAAAGGUAGAUAAAUUCAAUCGAAUUCCUAAUAACAUACACGGAUAUUUGCCGGUAUCUGAUAACAGAUCGUGUUCCUUUUGUUAUCGCUGGAUCGUCGAAACAGCGCAUCCAUGGACUUUCUUCAUUAUGCGACACGAUAUUAUGCGGUUGGACUAUGAUUUUCGCGUGAUCGCUAUCGAGAAAUCAACUUUGAAAGUAAAAGGUAUUCACAAUAGUAACAUGACAAAAUGACGAUUCUUUGGGUGAACCGGUAAUGAUUAAUUAACAUAUGAUACCACUGGGUGACGUCAAAGUAAGAGAAAAGAUGAGUAUUGUACCAGUUGCGAAUAGGAGUUUUCUCCACGGAGACCGGAAACCAUCUCCAACUUCGGAGAAAAUUCUUUACGCGACUCUCGAUAGUCUGGCUCUGAAGAGAGCGACGUUACCUUUGCAAUUGUUACCUAUCAACGAUGAUAGCCACGCUACGACCGAAGCAACGAACGAGUCGAUGAAGCAGGGGAAAAUUCAUACCGAGACGAUUGCCAAGAGAUCCAGCUUCAAGGUCGACGCGACGUGUUCUUCAUCGAAGCAACAUGAAAAAUACCUUAUGGUUGCAUCGCCGUUGUCGUCGUCGUCGUCGUCAAAGCCGGACUCGCAAGAGACGCGGUUGAAAAUCACCGCGGUCGAGCCUAAUCUAAAAAAAGAUAUCGCCUGUUUGCAACGCAAUUGGAUCAAUAACAACGAUAUCGAGGAUACUUUGAUAAGAGAUAGCGCGUUGGAGAGUGAUAUUUUCGAGGAAACCUAUGCCGGGGAAAUUGCACGUAAUUCCAGUUACUGUUGUUAUAUCGCGAACGACGUAACAGCGAGUUCCACAAACGACAAAAAUGAAUCUCCAUCGGACGAUUAUGAGAAAAUAGAAUCGGUGAUCGGUACGGACGCGUGUUGCAACUUUCAGACAGAAGCGAACGAUGACGAAGAGAGUCUCGAGAACGAGGAAGAUACUUCGUGCACGAAAAAUGUAUUUGUCAAAUCUAAAUCUACCAAUGAUUUAGCUAGCAAGAGUUAUUCGGACAUGAGACUAUCCUUAGACGGGCAGUCUUUAGUGGGAACGUUUUCGGAUGGAAAGUUAGCGAAAAGUUUGCUCUUUAGCAACGAAUUUUCAAACUGCGGGAAAAAGAAGAAACAUUUUGCGAAAAAUGUGUUGCAUUUCGUACCGGAAUAUCUGGUAAAAGGACAAAAAGGGAAGAGAAAGCAGAAGGAAAAAGGUAUUCCGAGUCGAUCGUUGAACUCUUUGAAAACUUCAUCAUCGGUAGAUACAAAGAUAGGGAUAAAUUCCAACGGCAGAUACAGAUCGAGAAGUCUUUCUCGGGAAGAAUUGAAAUAUCUAAAAAUCUCUUCGCCGACGAAUUUCGUUCAUAUCGCGUCCGCCACGAAUCCGAAUCUGGUUUCGAACGAAAACACGAUCAGAUUUAGUUUGGGGCAAGUGGUAAUUACGCACGAGCAAAAGUGUGCCACCUUACCUCUUCUCGUUGCAACGAACUACGAAAAUUCAAUGGCUGAAAAACGAAACGGGCGAUCGUCGUCGUCGAUCGUCGCAGCUGCUGCGGAGUCGACUUUCGAUGCAACGUCGUCGGUCGUUGAUAAAUCAAAUGAGAAAGCCAAACGAAGAAACGACGGGUUCAAUGUUGAAACCCUAAAACGCCAGUUAUUAUCCGAGUUGCAAACACGUUCGACAAAACUAUUGGAGUUAAGCCAGCAGGUGAAAACGGACGAAUAUCGGGCAAAUAUACGCGAGGGGAGUAACACGACGUACGAAUUAGCGUAUGAGCCGUGUACCGAAUUACCUGCCAAUUCCAGUUUUCUCUGGAGCAAUCGGACUAAGAAUUUCCUUCUGGAGAAUACGCGAACGAUCCCCAAUGAAAAUACCGAAAACAUCGAAGACACCGUAGGUGAAGUAUACGACGACGUUGGACCUCUGAAUCUUAACAACCAGGAAGACGAUUACGACGAUGUGGGCACGCCUAAUGCAUUACACGUUAAUGAGAAUCGUAUCAGCGAAUCUUCGACCGCUUUCCAAGAUUCCGAUGAUAUUUACGACGACGUUAUGGGUCCGAGUUGCGCAGGAGACGAUUUUAAGGACAACAAGAUCGAAACUUGCGAUAACGAAGUGAAGCAGGAAAGCAGCGAACUAUUAGUCACUAACGAAUAUUCUAGCGUAGACGAAAAUAUCGAUGUAUCAAAUAACGAUCAAGAUGUAUAUGAUGACGUCGGUUUACCGAGCGAAGAGCGAGUCAAUAGCCUUUAUACCGGCUCUACGAUAGGUUCGAUCUUGGGAUCGAGUUGGAUGUGCGGCAAAGAAUCCGAGUGGGAGGAUUUAGAGGAUUCACCUAUGAUCGGACUAUCUCAAUUUGCAAACAAAUACUACACGUCGAUAGAGACGCAAGUCGUUUCGAGUAGAAAAAGGUCUGGUCAGAGAUGGUCCCGGAUGAUGAGAAAACAACGAUCCAGAAUAUCAAGGAAAGACUUCAAUUCGUCGUCGAAGCCAUGCGAGUCUACGCUACAUGUGGCUGUCAGCCUUGGCAACGGAUCGGUGUUGCUCGUUGGCUGUACGCAGAAUAUCGAAGAAUGGAAGAAAGAAGAGAGCGAGGACCGAACGAUGCAACAAGAUCCACAAAGAACACAGGGUCUUGUUCAGAUGAGGGUCAUCGACCUAGACGAAGACGUGGACACGCAGGAAACAUCGUGCUACGUUCACGAAGACGAUACAUCCGAUGACAGCACGUACGAGAGUCUCCAUUCCUUCCAGCCGGAUGACUUCUGCACAGAUUCGGAAGCGGAGACGACAACCGACGAGACGACAAGGGAGCGAGAAUACGAAAGUACCGAAACGGAACAAAAGAUUCCGAUAGAUUCCGAUCGAUUAGUGAUCGCGUACUUGGAAGCACCCACAAGACCGAAUCCUCCACCACCGCGCGAAGUUAGUCUGACUCGAACUCUUGGUAAAAGAAUAAAGAUGCUUCGAAGGACUUGGAGUAUUACCAAAGGAAGUCUGGGCCGCAUGCGAAAGAGAACCACGGUUGACGACGGUCAUUCUUGCGACGAAAAUAAGGAAUUCUCCAACGAUCAUUCGAAUUUAGACGGAGGAAGAUAUUUUAGUUUUGCCAGACAUUUUAAAAGAACUGUUACCGGACCUUUUUCAACCUUUUACUUAAAUGGUUACAUCGAUUCCGCGAAUGGCGAUAACGAUCUCUCAACGUCCAAAAAUUCAAACGAGGAACCAAUGUAUAGCAAUACCAAUGACGAGAUGGACCACUACAGCGUACUCGUCGAUCAAGAACCACUCUAUCAAUUUUAUGCAGCAGCUGCUGCUAGGAUCGCGUCCGACUUCAGCUCAGACGAUUACGAGGAGGUCGAGGGUAUGAUCCCAUCGCGAUCUACUACGGAUUUGGCAAGACCGGGACAUAGAACGUUGUGGUGCCAAACACCACAAGUCAUAAAUAAUGGUCUUUUACAACGACUAAGUACGGAGGAGAAGAAGGUUCAAGAAGCGAAAUUCGAGAUUCUCACUUCAGAAGCGUCCUAUUUGAAUUCUCUUCGUGUCCUAAAAAACGAAUUUCUCAACGAAUCCUCACUCGAUGAAAUUUUAACUCCGCUCGAGAAAGAUAAACUGUUCGGCGGUAUUCCUAGCGUAUUGCAAGCAUCGGAACAGUUUUUAGCUGAACUAGAAACUGUAUGGAGAUACGACCCCAUGUUGCACGAUUUGCCAGACGUGUUGCUUAAAUAUACCAACAAAUGUUUAGAUAUUUACGUAGCGUAUUGUUCUAAUCAAGUUAGCAUAGACACGACUCUUAAAGAUUUAAGAACACGAAAAGGUUCAAAAUUUAUAGAAACCAUAUCGCAAAUAGAAGCUCGUUCGACUUGUCAAAGUUUGUCGUUGCACUCAUUUUUGAUGUUACCAAUGCAGCGAAUAACGAGGCUUCCUUUAUUGGCCGAUGCGGUUCUCUCUAAACUAUCAGUAGAAUGUGAAGAUAGAUCACAUUGGGAAAAAGUUCUGUCGAGUUUAAGUUAUGUCGUUGCUGAAUGUAACGAAGGCGCCAGUACCGCAGCGAAAGAAAUCGAAAUGGAAAAUUUAAUACGGAAAUUGGAAUAUUCCGCAAAAAUUAAACCACUCGUAUUAAAAGGGAAACAUUUGGUUAAAAGUGGACCAACCGUACAACUAUCGACAAAAGCCGAUGCGGAAUACAAACUCACGUUUGGAAAAAGAUUUAACAAGACGCCACUUUAUUUAUUAUUGCUCACGGAUCUUCUUCUAGUCACAAAACAGAAAUCUAAUACUCACGACGAAGUGUACACCGUUAUAGAUACUUGUAAGAGAAGUUUAAUCGCUUUAGAACCAGUUCCUGAAGACUCGCCAUUUGCUGGACGCAAUGCGAUGCUGUUGACGCUCUUAGAAAAUUAUUCUGGACAUCAGAUCGAAUAUGUAUUAACGUGUGAAAGCGACACAGAAAGACAAAGAUGGCUGGAAGCAGUUUCAUCCUCGAAACGCGGAUUGCCAGAAGAAACUCUUUACGAAGUGUGGGAUUGUCCUCAAGUAGUAGCUUUAUAUUAUUACUCUCCAAAUCAACCGGACGAAUUAUCAUUGCAUCCAGGUGAUAUUAUAAACGUGUUUAGGAAAAUGUCAGAUGGGUGGUAUCAAGGAGGAAAAUUGUUAAAUGGUGAACAGGGCUGGUUUCCUGGCAAUUAUACGAAAGAAGUAGCUUCAGAACAUGUUCGUGCAAAAAACCUUAAACAGAGACAUCGUUUUCUUACGCUAAGCGGAAACGCAUUACAACGAAAAGCAAAACAACAAUCAACGACUCAUUAAAUGAAUGAUGAUUAUUAAUUUAUGCAAUUUUUAAUAAAUCAGAUUUUACGAUA